GGCAAGCCCUGCUUAUUCACUGGAACCAAGUGAAGAGCUUUAGUCAAGGCUGUAAAGAAGCUCCGGAUUGUUGUAAACGUCUCCAGACCUUGGGAUGGCGCGGCGUGCAGGGCGAAGGAAGAACCAGCUGCAAGAUUGUUACUUUGAGGGUUACCUAGAGAGGUCGUUCAGAGAUAAGACAUCUCAGAAACUCUGGACGUGCCUGAUUGGAAACAAACUUUUUUUCUUCAAUGACAUUAGAGAUAGCGAUUAUGUUGACAAACUGGACCUCAGUGAAUUUAUCUCGGCAACAGACGACAACAGCCCAGACCGUAACUUGGAUGCAGCCAGAUUCAACCUCCAGAUGAAGAAUGGAAACAUCAAAUUCACUGCACCAAAUGCAGAAGCUCGUGAGCUAUGGAAGGGCUACAUCCAGUCUGUGGCUCAGCUGUCAGUACCGACCUCUCUCAACCUGCUCCCUGGUCAGAUCCACGUGCUAAGAGAGGUAAUUCAAAGAGAGAAAGACAGGGCGAGUAACUCUGCUUCAAACACAGUCACUGAUAGUCCGUACAUCAGCCUCAAAGCUGACAUGCCUGCUUGCUACCACAAGGUGUCCCGUAUGGAGGCAGAACUGCUGCUCGAGAGAGAAGCCAAGAAGGGAAACCUGAUACUGAGGCCUGGGAGAGACAAAAUCUCCUUUGCCAUCACCACGAGACAGGACCUAGACGGAGCUGUAUUCAGACACUACCGUGUGUCUCGAAGACACGAAGGGGGCUUCAUCAUUGAUGUGGACAGCCCUGUUCCCUGUGCCACACUGCAUGAUGUGAUCGCCUACUUGGUAGAAAAAACAGGUGGAAAUUUGAUUCCUCUUAUCAUGGAGGGUUCAUACGAGAAGACCAUCUCUUUUAUUUCAUCUGAUAAUGAAAGCGGAGAGAUCACCCAGCAGGCUUUAACAAACCCUGGCCCACCAAGUUUGCCUCCAAAACCAGUCCCUCUAAAAAUUCUGCUUCCUAAACCAGAGGCAGAUCCAGAGGAAAAUUCUUAUUUGAAUGAUGUUAGUCAGCAACAAACCGUAGGGAAAGAAAAACAGACAGACGAUUACAACACUACUCUGCUGCCACAAUCAGGACAAACAGCCACUAAAAAAGUACUGAUGCCUCCAACUCCUGCCCUUCGCAAAACAUUUCUUGCUACACUGCCCUCCUCCUCCUCCUCCUCACCUUUAGAGUCCAGGAUAACAGCCAAUAUAGACACUGAAAAACAAAUUCCUCAGGCAGCAAUAUCAGAGCUUAAACUUAAGUUACAACAGAAGGCAAAGUGUCAGAAGUGACCCCUCCUCUGAAGGCCUUCGCCAUCAGCUGAAACCUGAACGAAGAAUGGAGCUACCUCGCACACGAGUGGUCGCUUACCUCCUCCGCAUCAUGGCUCUGCUCCUCCUCCUGGUCGAUUAGCUGUCUGAAGCGAAGCCUCUCUGAAGAUUAACAUCUUAUUGAUUUGCCUCUCUAGGACAUUCGUUAGUAAAUUAACUGACUGUGAAGACAGCCAUACUUAUCACAUUAUCUUCACGUUAAUCUUGUAGGUUUUGCACAUUUGCCAUCGACAGUGGUACAUCCUCCUUCGAAUGUAUCAAACGUUUAGUACCAGUGUUUUUCCACUCGUUUCUAGAAUCACCUGUUUAAUAUAACUGUAUUUUACACAGCUUUUUAUAGCUAUAUUUGUACUGCCUUACAGGCUAAUGAUCAUUUAUAUACUACAUGAUGUAUUACUGCCUCUGAUGUGAACACUUAGCAUUUAUUUUGUAUUUUUGUUUUACCUCAUAUAUGUAAGUAUACUGUACAUAUUUUUUAAGUGAAGUAAAAUUCCUGCCUCCGUCACAUCAAAUCAGAUGGGAUCAAACGGUUCCUAUUAUAUGCUGUGAAGGAGUUUGAAAACAAGAAGAAAUGAAGGGGUUUUUAAGACGUUCUGUAGCUGGUCUACUUCAGUUUCACACCUGUUUUUCC